AUGGGUCGGUUUUUGCCAAUUCACGGUUUAACAACCAAGAGGGCUCCAGGGCCUGAAUUAGAUUACCAGAACAACGACGGUCGGUACCGAUGCCACCUCUGUCCGCAGGCGACUGGGACGAAGAACUGGCGCAGACACUGUACGUCGGUUACCCACAAGCGCAAUGUGCAACGUCGAGAUGAGGCAAGACGCUUGAGUCAGCCAGUGGUCAAUGAAUCCGUCACCCAUCAGGGGGCCCCCAGGCCGGCCGAGGUCAAUGAUCAUCACAACCAAGAGGACCACAUCGGGCAGACAGAUCGGAAGUUGUUCGCUAACCGUUAA